CCUCUCCAUGACACCACUUGGACGUCUCUACCUCUUGAGGGUGCUUGGCGCCCCCCCUGUCUUCCUUCUGGGGCUGCUUCUGGUCCUACCUCUAAAGGCCCAGGGACUCUCGGGUGCUCACUUCUCCCCUGCCAGGACAGCUCAUCGGGCCCCUCAGAAGCAUUGGACCCAUGGCAUCCUGAAGCCUGCUGCUCACCUUGUUGGAUACCCCAACAAACAGAACUCACUGCUCUGGAGAGAGAACACAGAUCAUGCCUUCCUCCGCCAUGGCUUCUCUUUGCACAACAACUCCCUCCUGGUCCCCACCAGUGGCCUCUACUUUGUCUACUCCCAGGUGGUUUUCUCUGGGGAAAGAUGCUCCCCCAAGGCCACUCCUACUCCCGUCUACCUGGCCCACGAGGUCCAGCUGUUUUCCUCCCAGUAUCCCUUCCAUGUGCCUCUCCUCAGUGCACAGAAGUCCGUGUAUCCGGGGCUACAAGGACCAUGGGUGCGCUCAAUGUACCAGGGGGCUGUGUUCCUGCUCAGUAAGGGAGACCAACUGUCCACCCACACAGAUGGUAUCUCCCAUCUACAUUUCAGCCCCAGCAGCGUAUUCUUUGGAGCUUUUGCUCUGUAGAAUCUAGAAGAACCCAGGAGUUGGUUUCCAAGCCUCCAUUCUGACCAUUUUAAAGGUCACACCACCUCUCCUUUGCCCAUCCCCACAGUCUCAAGCCUUCCCUAGGAAAAUCACCUGGAGCUUUCACAGAAGGAGUCUGAGGUACUCCAAGGGAACCACAUCUCUCCCGGGGCCACCCCAGAUGCUCAGCUGAGGAUUCCAGCCUGCCUAGAAGUUCCUGCACAGAGCAGGGUCUCUGUGGGUCUGGGUGGAGCAGAGACCUGGAUUUGAUAGAGGGACGAAUGUGGGGAGGUGCCUGGGGACAGGGGAAGGGAGACUAUUUAUGAAGGGAGAGGUUAAGUUAUUUAUUUAUGGAGAACAGAAGGAGGAAAGAAAUAGGCACCAGAUGACAACUAGGUCCCAGACACCAAGAAUGAGGUAACAUUAGGUCAGUACUCAAUAAGAGUGAGAAGAGCAAGUGUGAGUGGCCAAGGGGUUCAGAAGGAAGCACAAGGCUCUAAGCACACUGCUUAGCUAGACAUCCACAAGGGGCCACCUGCC